AAAGAUACUAGAGCAAUGAAGGUUCAUGAGUUUUCCAAUGGGUUUUCCUCGUGGGAACAACAUGAUUCGCCAUCAUCCCUUAGCCUAAGCUGCAAACGCCUCCGUCCUCUCGCCCCUAAGCUCUCCAGCAGCCCUUGCUCUCCUCCUUCUUCUUCCUCCGGCGUCACUUCUGCUACUUUUGACCUCAAGAGCUUCAUUAAACCCGAUCAAACCGGUCCAAGAAAAUUUGAAUACUCUAUUGAACACAAACGAGACAUUCCUCUAGUGGAGGCGCACCCGGGAGGGACAAGGUGGAACCCAACUCAAGAACAGAUAGGGAUACUUGAGAUAUUAUACAAAGGUGGAAUGCGCACUCCUAAUGCCCAACAGAUCGAGCACAUCACUUCUCAACUCGGUAAAUACGGAAAAAUCGAAGGAAAGAAUGUAUUUUACUGGUUUCAGAACCACAAAGCCCGCGAGAGACAGAAGCAGAAGAGGAACAAUUUCAUUAGCUUAAGUUGCCAAAGCAGCAUCAAGACAAACAAUAUCAAUAACGCAAUUGUAACAACGAAGUCAACAACAACAUCGUCAUCUGACUUGAUCAGGAGAGACUCAAUGGUUGAGAAGGGGAAGUUAGUGGAAGAGAGUGAAAACAAGAGGACAUGUAGGAGCUGGGGAUUUGAGAACUUGGAGAUAGAUAGCAGACAAAACAUAAAUAGUAGUAAAAAUGCUACAAUGGCAACUAUUUUUAACAAAAUGAAAGAUAAUGUAACCCUUGAGCUUUUCCCAUUGCACCCUGAAGGUAGGUGAAAAAGAUGAGGGAGAAAAUGUGGAAUUCUUAUGUAGAUCUGGUUUAGAUUCAGACGAAGUAGUUGGUAUCUAGAAAUUCAAUAUAUAUAUAUAUAUAAUUAAAUAAGUUGAGAAAAUAGCAGAAUCUACUUAAGAAUUCCCUUGUAAUCUGCGAAUCUAAUGUACCCUAUGUACAUUUUUUAUUGCAAUGUAUUCUUAAUUAUGAACUUUAAGCUUAGCUCAUCUCUUGAGUUAAGUAGAUGUUCUUCACAAAUUCAGUCGUUUUUAUUUAAGAAAUAAAUUAAGUCGUGAUUAUGAUAGACCUAGUACUUUUUUACAAAAAUUCAAUAUUUUGUAUUGUUAUAACGAGUCAAGAACAUAUAGUAUCUUUUAGUGACAACAUAUUAAACUUCUUAUAACAAUAGUUGAACACAAUAACAGAUAUUCGAAACAAUAUGCUUAAGUUUAAGAUUUAGUUUUGAUAAUUUUGUAUACAUUUUAUCAGAUGAUAAUAGCGUAA